AUGCUUGCCGAUUUCAUUGUUCCUGGAUCAUGCGGUCGAUUGCCCACAGAUAUUGGGAUGCCAUCAGGCGGUUCUUUGACCACAGACCAAUGGCUCCUCCUGGCGACUGCUUAUGGCCCAAUAAUUAUACCUCAGUUAUGGUCUACCUGUCUACCAUCUGACAGUGGUGACCAAAUUCUGCAUCAGCGGGUCACUAUGAUACAGAAAUUGGAGACCAAAAAGGAAGCAGACGCUACCCACAUACUCGAAGACAGGACCGCACUUGCGGAGGCCAAAAAACGUGGUAAGGAAGCUUUUGAAGCCGAAAAGGCUCGCAUAGCCAGAGACAAGAAAAAGGCUAAGGCUGCUCAGAGAAAGGGGAAACGGAAAGCCGUCGAGCAAAACGUCGAAGGUCUACCUGAAGGUCAUCCCCGAUCCCAGCCACCACCGACAUCAAGUGCGACAGCUCGAGAGCCAGACGAUGGUGAUUUGGAGCUGGCUAACACCAAAUUCUCCCUUCACCCCGACAAUCCCGCUAACUUCUUGAAGUUGUGUGCCCGCCCUUCAAAUAUUAAUUAA